ACGACGACGACGACGACGAGAAGGACAGUGGCCACCAGUUCGGCGGCCAAGCCAUUUGACUCGUGGUCGGGUGGGGAUUGGGAGCCAACUGCAGCUGCAGCUGCUGCGGGUGUUUAUAGCCCAAGAAUGAGGCGUGUUUCUGAGCCACCAAAAUUCACGGCGGCUAAGUCUCCACAUCAACUACUGCAUCAACAUUUUAUCGAAGAUAGGAAAUCUUCACUGGAAGAUAGGCGCAAAUCUCGUGAAAAUAGCAGCGAAAGCGGCAGCGGCACUAGCGUUUGCGCCUGUAUUGAACAGCAAUUGCACAUGGCACAGAAACUGGCGAGGAGGCAGCAAAAAUACGACGACAUAUUAAUGGUUGGUGACUGGUGGAAUGUAAUGUGCUACAUUGUAAGUGUGCUGGAUGACCGGGGGGGGGGCUGUGAUGCGCUUUUGAUUUCUCCCAUUGCAACGUCCGUUACCGUCUAA